UGGUUGAGGACCAAACCAAAGUGACUCUCUCGGUCUCGCCCAAAUCCCUCUCGAUUCUCCAGUUCUCAUGGCCCGUAGUCGCAGAGCCCGCCGCGAGUGGUCCGACGGCCUCCCACCCGAGCUGCUCGGCGUCGUGCUCCUCCAUCUCCCCUGCCUCGCCGACCGCGUCUGCUUCGCCGCCGUCUGCCCCGCGUGGCGCUCCGCCGCGCGGGGCCUCGCCCCGCCGCGCCAGCUCCCCUGGCUCCUCCUCCCGUCCCCCGACGCGACCUCCUUCUUCACCCCCCAAUCCGGCGCCACCCGCCGCCUCUACCUCCCGGGGAGCGUCCGCGGCACGCGCUUCUGCGGGUCCCACAACGGUGGCUGGGUCGCCGCGGCCGCCGACGCGUGGGGAGGGUACGCGGCCGUCAACCUCCUCUCCGGCGCGAGGGUUCCUCUCCCCAACAGGAUUAGAGUCGUACACCCCUUCAAGAUCCGCGGCACCAGCCCCUGCGAGCACCCCAUGCUCCUCCGCAUGGUCACGUUCUCGGCCGCGCCCACCUCGGCGGACUGCCUCGCCGCGGCCCACAUCUCCAGCGCCUGCAACAUCGCGUUCUGGCGGCCGGGGAUGGACGCGCACUGGCUCGCGUACCGUCAUCAAACCGGCGUGAUCGAGGACAUCAUCUAUCGCAAGAGCGAGGUGAAGCAAGGCUUCCAUGUCCUCACCAACACCGAAGAUCUCCUGGUGUACGCGGCCAGCUCCGACCAGAACGCCCCGCUGGAGAUGACCUGUGUCCGGUACAGGUUCGAGAAGCGCGUGGAUUACAACCACAAUCAGUCCGGUUUCUCUGUGAGCCGCUACCUGGUGGAAUCCCGGGGGAAGCUGCUGAUGGUGCUGCGUGAGUACUCCGUCGGACGCGGCGUGGGGCGGUGCACGUGGGUGUUCAGGAUCUUCGAGAUGGUGCUUGAGAUUUUGCCCCAUGUUCAAGGCACCAAAGCUUCCUGGGUGGAGCUCCGGGACCUGCACGGCCGGGCGCUCUUCCUCGGUCGAGGCUGCUCGAUGGCCUUUGAGGUAUCUCAGUUCACCGGAUUGCAAGAGGGUGUUAUCUAUUACUUGGACGAUACUAGCUUCGACAUAUCCUUGGUGUUGAGUAGUGGGGGUAAGUUCUCCAGCUCUGACAUGGGAGUGUACGCAAUGGCAAUGCGCAAGAUUAGACUGAUUAGGGGUGAAGCUCGGCGCUUUCCGCAUGAAUUCACUUCAGAGUGCUCUCCUCCGGUCUGGCUUCUCCAUUGAAUCAGUACAUGCUUUGGGGCUUCAGCUAGUGUUUAACCGCUGGUACAUUGCACUCUCUGCAGUUAUGAUAAAUUAUGUAGACUAUUAAGUUUUCAGGAAAGAAAUAAAUCUGUGCUUUCUGCC